AUCUGACACUUGGCCCAAUGGAAACCUUCAAUGGUGAGAGAGGCGGGACCAGACCUACGGAAGCCGAAGAGAGCGGCCGGUGCCUCAGGGGGCCGAAAAGAUGGCGGUCCUAGCGCCUUUGAUUGCUCUCGUGUAUUCAGUCCCGCGACUUUCACGAUGGCUGGCCCGACCUUACUACUUUUUGUCAGCCCUGCUCUCUGCUGCCUUCCUACUCGUCAGGAAGCUGCCCCCUGUCUGCGAAAGUCUCCCCACGCAACGCGAAGACGGCAACCCGUGUGACUUUGACUGGAGAGAAGUGGAGAUCCUGAUGUUUCUCAGUGCCAUCGUGAUGAUGAAGAAUCGCAGGUCCAUCACCGUGGAACAGCAUAUAGGCAACAUCUUCAUGUUCAGUAAGGUGGCCAAUGCGAUUCUUUUCUUCCGCCUGGAUAUUCGUAUGGGCCUGCUUUACAUCACACUCUGCAUAGUGUUCCUGAUGACGUGUAAACCCCCUCUGUAUAUGGGCCCUGAGUACAUCAAGUACUUCAGUGACAAAACCAUUGAUGAGCCUGUGCAGUCCAGUUCACCGUUUCCUCUCUGUGUGUGGCAGGAGGAGCUGGAGCGGGACAAGAGGGUCACUUGGAUCGUGGAGUUCUUUGCCAACUGGUCUAGUGACUGCCAGUCAUUUGCCCCUAUCUACGCUGACCUCUCGCUCAAGUACAACUGUACGGGGCUGAAUUUUGGGAAGGUGGACGUUGGACGCUACACUGACGUUAGUACACGGUACAAAGUGAGCACGUCACCCCUCACCAAGCAGCUGCCUACCCUGAUCCUGUUCCAAGGUGGGAAGGAGGUCAUGCGGCGGCCGCAGAUCGACAAGAAGGGCCGGGCUGUCUCUUGGACAUUCUCGGAGGAGAAUGUGAUCCGAGAAUUCAACUUGAAUGAGCUCUAUCAGAGGGCCAAGAAGCUGUCAAAGGCUGGAGAUAAGAUCCCCGAGGAGCAGCCUGUGGCCACGGUGCCCACUGCCGUGCCAGAUGAGGAGAGCAAGAAGAACAAAUAGGAUCCCUGCUUCAGUGCUUCCUCUCCGGUCAGUCUCAGGCACCUCGGAGGCCCUGCCCUUUCUGUAACCACAAGCCUUGCCUGAGGCCCGGGCCUUCUAUUUAUGUUUCCCCUGUUUGGCUAUGCCUAGAUGGGGAGGGUAUUGCUUCUGAUUUUUAAGAGGCAUCCAGGGCAAUGACAGGUACCCUCUAGGAAGGCCCCCACUGUUGCGGCCUGCUGUUUCACUGGAGGGAGGGAAAGAUCUUGUCUGGCGGAGGGAGAAGGUUUGCCCUCCACGCUGGGCCAGCACACACCACCGUGUGCUGUCUGACGUCUCCAUCAGGCUCUGGUCUCAUCAUUCCUCACGGUGGCGCCAUGCAGCCUACUUAGACUAGAUUAAACCCUAGCGUAAACAGGCCAAGGUGCAGAGUUAGUGCUGAGAUUUUCCCCUCAUGGAAUCUUACUCCUUUAGGCCCUUCUGGCUUAGUCUGUGGUCUGUAUUUAAAAAAGUAUAAGCCUGUGACCGGUCCCAAGGAAAAACCUUUAACCACAGACUUUUCUCUUUGAAGAUUUCUGAAUAAUCUACCUAUUUUAUGAAGAUUGGGAGGGAGGGGAAUAGAACUUUGAGACUUCCUUUGUGUGGUGGGCCCUGGAUGGUGGCUCACUUAACCCUCCUGCAUCCUCCCCACACCCAGUUGAUGGUUUUGCACAAUAAACAGACUGAGAAUCACU